AUGGGCGAAUACAUCAAUCCAAAACAGCAGUACGGACAGCAGCUGCUAGUUAAUGUCGUUGACGAGUAUGCGGCCUGCGAUCCCCAACGAGUUUUCAUCCAUCAGCCUUUUUCUAGCAACCUCGAAGAUGGCUAUCGUCCUGUCACGUUCAGGGAUGUCUCCAAUGCAGUGAACUACCUUGCUCAUGAGUUACUUGAACAGGCUCAAAAAAAUAUCAAUCAGAAGGACAACUUUCCUACGGUAGCUUACAUCGGACCAAGCGAUGUGCGAUACAUAAUUGUCAUGCUGGCCUGCAUAAAAGCUCAGCAUAGAGCCCUGUUUAUUUCGCCUCGCAAUAGUCUCGAGGCUCAACUUUCGUUGUUCAAAGCCACAAAAUGCACCCAGAUUAUGUAUGAUGCGUCGAUGCAAUCUACCAUAGAGCCAUGGCUUCAGUUAUACCCCAUGUCAGCGACGGUAGCUCCCGAUUUGAGCUUUUGGAUCCAAUCAACUGCUACUCAUGUACCGUACAGCACGCCGUUUGAAGAAGCAAGAUGGCAUCCUAUGGUUGUUAUGCAUACGAGUGGUUCUACAGGCAUUCCAAAGCCUAUUGUUGUUCGCCAAGGAAGUCUCGCGAUUGCCGAUGGCCUUCGAGACGCACCAUAUCUGAACGGUUCACCCUCGAUAUGGAGCUACUGGGCUGCCAAUAGCUCGAAGAUAUUUUUACCAAUGCCUGCAUUUCACAUGGCUGGAAUUGCUUGUAUGGCAAUUUUUGGAAUCUAUUAUGGCAUUCCAAUAGUUCUAGGGGUACCGAAUCGUCCUCUGAGUGCAGAUUUAGUGGGUGAAUGCCUGGUCCGCUCAGAAUCCGAUUCCGCAUUACUGCCUCCCUCAAUUAUCGAGGAUAUGAGUUCGAAUGACGAAAAUGUUAAGCUUUUAGCUAAUCUCAAGCUCACAGCCUUCGGGGGAGGCAACCUUUCCCCUUUAGUGGGAGAUGAACUCGUUAGAAGAGGCGUAAAGCUCGUCAACAUUAUAUCUUCGACUGAGGUUGUACCUUAUCUGCUCCACCAUCAGCCUGAUCCCAAAUCAUGGCAAUGGAUCGUUAUUAAUUCUGAAGAAAUGGGUGCCAAAUUCCGUUUGAUAUCCGAUGAUGACGUUUACGAGAUGUUCAUUUGCCGUGAGCAUCUUGGGGAGCCAUUGGGAAAAGCUCUCUUUUACACCUUUCCUGACAAAACCGAAUGGUCAACAGGUGACAUGUAUAAGAAGCAUCCAACAAAGCCACACCAUUGGCUCUACCACGGCCGUACGGAUAACGUUAUAGUUUUCUCUACCGGCGAGAAACUAAAUCCUGUUACUAUUGAGGCCGCUGUUGUGGGUCACCCUGCUGUUAAGGCCGCCCUUGUAGUAGGGCAGCAAAGGUUCCAGCCUGCUUUGAUCUUGGAGCCGUAUGAACCUCCAAAAGAUGAAGCAGCAGCAGAAUCUCUCAUUGCAAGUGUAUGGAGUAUUGUUGAAGAGGUGAACAAAGUUACUGUGGCUCACGGAAAAAUUACCCGCGAUAUGAUUGCUAUCUCGGAUGCUGCCAUGCCAUUUGCAUUAUCGCCCAAAGGCACGAUGCAACGGAUGGCAACUGUGAAGUUGUACAAAGACUUCAUCGAUAGAUUGUAUGCGCAAACAGACGAGGCGAUACAAAUGGAAGACACAAGUGCAACACUGGAUAUUUCUAACCCAGAUUCUUUAACUCAGUCUAUAGUGGAUAUUGUUAGAUCCAUGAUUGGUAUAUUCGAAGUUGAAUCCGACUCUGAUCUCUUCAGCAUCGGCAUGGAUUCAAUGCAAGUUCUCACUCUGUCAAAAAUUCUCCGCUCGGCCUUGGAAUCCGCUGGUGUCAAGACAUGCAAGGAUACAAUUGCCGCUAGGACCAUCUACGCAAACCCAACAUUAAGAGGGCUAGCCCAGCAUUUAUUCUCGACGGCCAUCAGUGGCCACAGUCAAGACAUUAUGCCUACAAAGGAGAUUAACGCAAUGGCUGAAAUCAUUUCAAAGUACAAUGCAGACCUACCGCCUCCAAAUAUGAACCAGUUGUUUCCUUUGGAUGAAGAGCAAACGAUUAUUGUUACAGGCACCACAGGAUCUCUUGGUGCCUAUGUACUUGACCGUUUGAUUAAGAAUCAUCGGGUGGCUAAGGUUAUUGCCUUCAACCGCGGCCAAGACGGGGGACGCUCUCGUCAACCAGCCUAUAGCGCCGCUAGAGGACUAAGCACAAACUUCUCCAAAGUCGAAUUCCUCGGCGUCGAUCUGUCUAAACCAUACUUCCACCUCGCUGAAGCCAAGUAUAUGGAUAUCCUAGCUUCAGCAGAUCGCAUCAUACACAAUGCAUGGCCAGUUAACUUCAAUAUCAGCGUCAACUCAUUUGAGCCUUACAUUUUUGGAGUUCGCCAACUAGUUGAGUUCUCUAAUAAGGCAGCCAAAAAAGUUCCAAUCAUUUUCAUAUCGAGUGUCGGUACUGUCAGUGGGUGGACGAAUCCGGCUCCCAUUCCCGAGCAUCGUCUCGAUGAUAUGACAUUGCCGAAGAUGGGUUAUGGUCAAUCAAAAUUUGCUGCAAGCUCUAUUUUAGACGCCGCUGUUGAGCAAUCGGGCGUCCCCGCCGCCAUAAUUCGGGUCGGCCAAAUCGCCGGGCCGCGAACGAAAGAAGGCAGCUGGAAUCCCCAAGAAUUCAUACCAAGUCUCAUCGCCAGCUCAGUUCACUUGGGUAUGCUCCCAACCAGCCUAGGUCCUCUGGACAUUGUGGAAUGGACGCCAGUGGAAGACAUUGCUGGAUUGGUUUUAGAUGUCGCUGGAAUCAACAAUAAGAUUGCUCUGUCAAACAUCUCAGGAUACUUUCAUGGAGUUAACCCGUCGGCUACGAGCUGGGCUGAAAUAGCUAGAAUCCUCAAAGAGUACUAUGGAGAAAGAAUCAAGGCUCUCGUUCCUUUGGAUGAGUGGAUUCAUGCUCUUGAAACCAGCGCCACCGAUGCAACAUCAGAGGGAGCGGAGAAAAACCCCGGGAUCAAACUCAUUGAUACAUAUAAGGGGAUAGAUGAACAAAGAAGAGCAGGUACUGGCCACGCUUAUUUUGAUGUCAAGAGGACUGUGGCGCACAGCCAAACCAUGAAGAACCUUGGGCCGAUUGAUGAGGCAUUGAUGAAAAAUUGGUGUGAUCAGUGGGAUUAUUAA